AUGGUGCUGUUUAAUACUGCGGGGGAGGAAGAAACGUGGGCAAGGCCGCGGUUCAGUGGCGGAGGGCUGCCCCCCUGCCCCCUUGCUCAGGCCUUCUCCCUGCAGGAGGCGAUCCAGCUGGACGGGGAAAUCCUCUUCUCGCUGCUGCGCCGGGUGGCGCCGGCGGCUCACAAGCACCUGAGCAAGCACAAAAUCGACCCCAUCCUCUACAUGACGGAGUGGUUCAUGUGCGCCUUCUCCCGCACCCUGCCCUGGAGCUCCGUGCUGCGCGUCUGGGACAUGUUCUUCUGCGAAGGGGUGAAGAUCCUCUUCCGGGUCGGGCUGGUGCUGCUGAAACACACGCUGGGCUCCUCCGAGAAGCUGAAGUCCUGCCAGGGGCAGUAUGAGACCAUGGAGCGGCUGCGCGCGCUGAGCCCCAAGAUCAUGCAAGAGGCCUUCCUGGUGCAGGAGAUCCUAGAGCUGCCGGUGACGGAGCGGCACAUCGAGCGGGAGCACUUGCUCCAGCUGAAGAAGUGGAAGGAGACCCCCGGCGA